AUGGAUGACCAAAUUGAAAAGAAAGCCAUCGGAGAUCACGAUGCAAAGGUGGAGACCCGAAGUUUUGACAAUGGGGCUGUUGAGCAAUUUCAGUCAUCGUUCGAGUUCUCACCUAUUGCAGAAAAAAGGCUCGUUCAAAAAAUAGAUCGAACAAUUUUGCCCAUCAUGGUCGUGGCCUACAUGAUGGCAUUUCUAGAUAAACAGACUCUCAGCUAUUCAGCUUUGAUGGGUCUGCUUCAGGAUCUCCACCUAACAGGAACUCAAUAUAGUUGGGCUUCUGGAAUUUUCUACUUUGGAUAUUUGUUUUUCUCUUACCCCGCAUCACUGCUAAUGGUUAAAUUCCCACUGGGAAAAUAUCUCGCGGUCAAUUUUAUCUUGUGGGCAAUUGUAUUGGCAUGCCAUGCGGCUACUACCAACUUUGCCACAUUAAUGGUAGCUCGAUUCUUCCUAGGAUGCACAGAGGCCAGCUUAUCUCCAGGCUUCACUUUGAUCACGUCGCUUUGGUACCGCACAUCUGAACAGCCACUCCGUGCGGGUAUUUGGUUUUGUGGAAAUUCCUUAUCUCUCGUGAUUGGAAACUCCAUUGCCGUUGGUAUUCUCGAAAUCAAGAGUAAACUUGGUGCAUGGCAGUGGCUUUUUAUUAUAUUUGGGGUUCUCACUUUCGUUUGGGGAGUUCUCAUGCUCUUCCGCCUGCCAAACUCACCGACCGAUGCUCCCUUCCUUACUGAGGAAGAAAGGAUGAUUGCGACCGAGAGACUGAGGGCUAACCAUACUGGUUUCAAGAAUACACAUAUCGACAAAGGUCAAAUUAUGGAAGUUUUUCAAGAUCCGAAAACCCUGCUGUUGGCGAUCAUGGUCCUCACGGCCAACAUUCCAAACGGGGGAUACACUACCUUCAAUGGUCUUGUUCUCAAAGGUUUUGGCUUCGAUACUCGCCAUACCUUGCUACUGGCGUUACCGGGUGGUUUCAUUGUCUUCCUUUUUGUGUUGAGCGGCAUUGUUGGAAGUGUACUUGUCUAUGUUUGCAAGUCUGUUGGGGCUCGUUACGCUGGUUUGAUCCUCAUGGGAGUGUACUCGACCGCCAUGCCGAUUGCUUUGACAAUGAUAAGCUCCAAUGUGGGUGGCUUCACGAAGAAGGCUACCGUCGGUGCAGUUUUCUUCAUCUUUUAUUUUUUUGAGAACGAGGCCCCCAAGUACCAGAGCGGGUUCUUGGCUAUAAUUAUAUGUCUUUCGAUCAAUGUCGUCGAUAGCGGAGCUCUCAUGUAUUAUCUUCGCUGGGAAAACACACAGAGGGAUAAGAGAGGCUCGGUCUCUGCGCCGGACAGCUCUCCUGAGAAGCAGCUUGGCACAUCCUCUGGUGAGUUGUCGGACAUAACUGAUUUGAAGAACGAUAAAUUUCGAUAUGUCUAUUAG